AUGUUGGAACGUGGCUUGUUGACCCGGAUCUUGUACCCCGCACCCGAAGCGACCUAUACCGUGGACAGCUUCAAAGGCGAAUUGAUCUGGAUUCCCAAGAAGAGCUCCUUGGAUGGUGACGCGCCCCUGCUGGGAGUGGAUUGUGUGCCAUGUCUGCUGCUGAAAUAUCCUUACAGUCGCUUUCUCUUGCUCUUCUUUCACAGCAACGCGGAGGACCUUGGCCGCAGCUACAGUUUCUGCUGCCAGCUGCGGGAUCGCUUUCAGGUGCAUGUCCUGGCCGUGGAAUAUCCCGGCUACGGGGUCUGCCCGGGGGUGGCCACAGGGCCCAGCGUCAUGGAGAACGCCUUCAGUGCCUUGCACUUCGCCACGCAGAGCCUCUGCUGGCCGGUGGACAGCAUCUUGAUCUGCGGCAGAUCCAUAGGGACGGGCCCGGCCAUCAAACUCACCAGCCUCUUCCGCUUCGCUGGGGUUAUCCUGGUCACGCCCUUCAUGUCCAUUGGGGAGCUCUUUAAGGAUCGCGUGGGACCGUUCUCGAAGCUGGUGGAGGAAUGGUAUCCCAACAGCGAGCUGAUCCGAAAGGUGCGCUGUCCGGUGCUGUUGAUCCACGGCAAGGCGGAUGAUAUGAUCAGCUACCGCCACGCCGAGCAGCUCUUCGAGCUGAUCGCCACGCGGAAAUUGUUGGUCUCGCCUCCCAGCAUGAUGCACAACACCAACCUCAUGAAUGACAUGAAUUACCUGGUGAUGCCGGCCACCCAUUUCUUCUCCUUGCCCGACUACAUUUUCCAGGACCUGAGGGUCCCUGCCUGGGCCUUCACCCUGCGCCCGCGCACCGCCACGCCCACGGCGCCGGCGCCGUGGCCGGGACAACCCGGGCAGCGGCCGAGGGAAGCGGGUGACUUGGUGCGAAAGGCGAAAGGGGUGAAGAACGAUGCCUGCAAGGGUGAACUUCACCUCUUAACUCAUCAAUGGGACUGGGAAUCGCGCAGUGGGAGUAACUGCCCCUGGCGCACCGAAGAGAACUAUUUCGAUGCCCUCGUGGCUUUCGUUGACUGGGACAAGGACGGCAGGGUAGAUGUGCUGCAGCUCCGAACUCCGUGGCAGGAGAACUCUACGAAGCUUGGAAAGAAAAUCGCUAGGAACGAGAUCGUCUUGUUCAAGCAACUCGAAGAGCUAUCGCCUGACGGAAGGCCCAGCUUCUCGCAAAUCAGCUUACUGAAUUGGACUGGCCAAGUUUCCAACUUUGCUGCGGUGGACUGGAACAAUGAUGGUUCCCUUGACUUGCUGAUCUGUUCUGAGCAUGUCAUUCUCAUGAUGAAUGGGCAGGACAGCUUUGGCUACAGCCACGAGAUCGUGGGGAAUCUGUCAUCAUGCAGAUUCCUGAAGGCCCUGGACUUUGAUUCGGAUGGGGAUGUGGACCUGAUUGUUGACAACCGCUACUUUGAGAGGAUAGAAAGCGGAGAGAAGUCCAAAGUUGAGGAGAGAACAGGUGUAAAGAACCCACUGCACAUUUUGGAGAGUCAUCACCUUUGGGCAGUGGAAGAUUGGGACGGUGAUGGCGAUUCAGACCUUUUGGUGGCCCGCUCCGAUGAUGCUGGCUUGUUCUUGAUUGAACAACUCUCAGAUGGUAGUUUUCGAGAACAAGUGGAGAAUCCCUUCCGCGGUCUCUUUUCGAUGCAGAACAGGUACACAGGCCCUGGCAGAAACUACCUGGCCGAUUUGGACGGUGAUGGCUUAGUGAACCUCUGGCAGAUGGGGUCAUGGGAUGACUGCCGCAUGCUGGUGGAACACCGCAUCUCAGCGAAUCCGACCAAUCCUUUUUUGGAUCUGGAUCUUCUGGGAGAUGAAGUGCAUUGGGUUGAUUGGAAUCAGGAUGGCCUCAAGGACUUGCUUCUAUCCCGUGCUCAAUGCAAUGGUGUCCAGGCUGAGGAGCUGCUGUGGGACGAACCUCGAAAAUGCUAUACCCACGCCAAGGAUGGACCGGCAGUUCGCUAUUUUCAGGGCCAAGAAGAUGGCAGCUUAAGGCAAAACCUGAGUGCUUUUGAGGACGUUGAUGCAGGAGAGAAUUGCCGAAUCAGCGUCGCGGAUUGGAACGGAGACGGACGGCUGGACUUGAUUGUGAUUUCUUGGGUCAACAUGAGCUUCUAUGAGAAUCAAGGUGGAAAGGCUGUGCUCUCUCAUGAUUUUGCCCUAUCUCAAAUCGAUGGCUUGGCAGUGAGAAUGCCCUGUGCCGUUGACUAUCUGCACGAGAGCGUGGUGGGUGUCCCCUCUCAACCCAUUGCAGUCGACUGGGAUGAUGAUGGGUUGACAGAUCUGAUCCUGGCGCCCGAGGGGCGCUUCUUUCGCAGACAUGGAACCGGCGAAACCGAGAAGGAGACGUCGUUGAUCGAGGUGCCAGCUGAAGAAAAUCCCUUCACUGCUCUUCCCACGAGCGCAGCGUCUGAUCUUCAGUGGCGGUUGAUGGACUGCGACGGGGAUGGAGACCUCGACCUCAUCCGCCUCAAUAAAAGCAUGCAGAUCAAUGCCUGCGAGCGAGAAGGAGACGCCUUAAAAUGUAGCAGCAACUUUGAGUGCCUCGAAUGGGCCUCCGAAUAUGAGAAAAGUGGACCGAGAAUCUAUUCCUUCGAUCUGUGGAGAGAGGGCAACAUCCUGAGUUUCCUGGGCACCCCGAUCACCGAGACUCGGCGGCCGCGGUUUUGGAGCCAAGGCUUUUGCUUGCCUUCACGACAGUGCAGCGGGCAUGGGCAAUGCUGGAACCUCCGUGGAGUUUGCGACUGCGUGGGUGGACAUCACUUGGAUGAUUGCUCUGGAUGCCGCCCAGGCUUUGCUUCGGCGGAAGGACAAUGCCAGGCCUGUGCUACAGACCAACGUGGAGUCACAUGCUCUGGACGUGGUAUUUGCCGUGAUGACCUCUUGGCCCAGCACCAGUCGAAUGUUUCCAACUCAACUCGACCAUUGAUGAGAGGAGAUGGCUCCUGCCUUUGUAAUGAAGACACCUUCGGCGGUGUGGAUGCUGUGGGGAAGGUGAACUGUGAGUCUGGAAGAUGUUCCGACGGCUUUGAAGAGGUUGUGACAAUGGAAGUGGCUUUGGGCCACUGCCAGCCAUGCUCAGCAGGCUCUUCCUCAGUACACGGGGCACGUUGUUCUCCAUGCUUGCCCGGCACCAUGGCUGGCCCCGGUAGUUCCAGCUGUGAACGCUGCGCCGCUGGCCACUUCUCUGCCACCGUGGGAAACAGCCAAUGCGAUCGUUGUCAUGCUGGAAGCUAUGCAGCAGCUGGUAGCCAUGAGUGCGGCCGCUGUGCGCCUGGGACCUAUUCGGACAUGGGCGCCGCUGAGUGCACAGCAUGUCAAGAGGGCUGGGUCGCAGAAGAUUGGGGAAACCCAACUUGUAAACAAUGUGUGGCUGGUACCUAUGCUCAUGAAGGGAAGGUUUGCCGCCAGUGUCCGAGCAAUAUGAUCUCAACCGCAGGUCGUAGCGAGUGUGAACCAUGUGUUGCUUCCUUUUUGCUGGCGUAUGCAGACGCCAAGAGGGUGACCUGCCAUGCCAGCAUGACGAACCUUUUCUUCGGGGUGAUGAUGGCUUUGUGCCUCAUUGCAGCAUUGACUCUCACUGGAUGGCUGUGCUUUUACCAAUUGCACAUUGAAGACCUUAGCUUGCAGGGCGAUGCUCUUGUGGUAACCACCAGCCGGCCACAUGGCCUGUUGCGGACGCAGGGCGCCCAGGGCGCCUGGGUCACCCUGCGAGACACCCGCAGCGGGCCUCUGGAGGAUCUCCAGAUACGGAGGCCUUACAGAGCUCGGGCACUCUCAGGAAGCGACUUGCAGUUGAUCCAUGCUGAAACUGUGGGACCAUGGGACACCACCAUCGGAUCGUUGCGCAUUCAUUUUCCUUCAGCGUUACUCCGUGCGGGGUUCCUUCGGAUCCCUUCCAUCCUUUGGUUAAUCUUUCUGCUGACCCCUGUGGUUGUCUUGGGCCAUCAACUCCUUCCGCGGAUGCUGCUGCUGGCCGUGGGCUUGGCUGUGCUCAGCAGCUUUGCUCUAUGGCUUGGCUUUUAUUGGAUCAGCAGCAGGACUCUUCUGGCCCGAAAGCAUAAGCGCUUCAAAGAGCAAAUGGAAGAGCUGCAGAAGACACGUCCGCUGAAAAGGUGCCCCAGAGGACCUGAACGAGCCAUCACCAUUGGACAAGUUGGAUGGCUCUAUGAGUUCUUCCAGGCCUUCAUCAAAGAUCGCAGCAUGUAUUACAUCUGCUCCAACUUGAUCAUUCCACUCACAGAGGAUUGCAAAGUCUCUUAUGCAGAGCUUGUAGGUCCCAACAAGGUGAAUUGGUUCGUGAGCCACUACUGGGGCACUCCUUUCCAGGAGUUUGUCGCUGCUGUCCGAAAUCAUGCGAAGUCCGAUGGAGCAGUGGAGUGGCAUAGCACUGCCUAUUGGAUUUGCACCUUCAGCAACAAUCAAUGGGAGGUGGAAGCUGAACUUGGACGUGGUGACUAUCGGCAAUCUUCCUUCUAUAAGUCGCUGCGCAGUGAAACCUGUGAGGGGACAGUCAUGGUCCUGGAUGAACAGGCACUUCCAUUGCGGAGGGCAUGGUGUUUGUUUGAGCUUCUUCAAACCAAACUCAUUGCGAGUGAGCGUGCGAGGGAAAGCUUCCAAGGUCUUCUUCUUUGUACCUCCAGUGGAGUCCUUCGGAGCGGUCAAGGUGGCAUUGAAAUCGCCAUGAAGGUGGCCACGUGUUUAGCCAGCCUGGAUUUAAGGGAUGCAACAGCGACUGACCCGAAGGACCAGGCGAUGAUCCAAAGUUUGGUGGAGCAAAUGCCUGGUGGUUUUCAUGCCACCAACGGCUUCGUCAGGAAAUCCAUCCGGGAUUGCUUAAUCGUUGCCCACCAGAACUUUGAAGUGGAUUUCGGUAAGUUGCUCAGGAUCUUGAAUGACAGCCUGCCAGAAGAAGAUGCCCUUCCAACCCUACUGUCAUCGACCAAAUCAGCAGCAAGCUCGCGAGAAAAAUCGACUAGCUUGAGCUGCUUCCCUGCUUUGUAG